GAUUAGAGGGCUGAGUUUUCAAACCAGAGCCGCGCAGCUCGACGCUGUUUACUGCGGAUUACCAACAGGUCUUAUUUUAGUAGAGGGAAUUUUAAUACGGGAAAAUACAAGUUACAGAUGGACUCUCGCUUUGCACAUCUGUACAAGCGAGACAGCAGUGUCUCUAUGAUACGAGUGAAGAUGUCCAGAAGACGUUCUCAAACACUGAAAGAGAACAGGGAGAGGAUGCAGAACCAGCGCAGACACCUGGACCAGCUCCCAGAGCUGGAGCUCUCAAUGGAUGUGUCAACUCUUGAGAAGUCCGUUGUCCAUGCCCAAGGGACCGGAUGCAAAACAAACGCAGAUAAAAGUAACAGUGCUGUAGAAGAGAGGAAAAAGAUGCUUGAACGUUUCAAAGAGAAUAAAGCACUGCAGAAAGAGAAAGAGAAGCGGGAGAAGGAGAAGAAAGGAGUGUUUAAGGUCGGGCUCUACCGCCCACAGCCCCUGGGCUAUCUGCCUUUGAAUCCUGUUGUGCCAAGCACAGCCAAGAACACAGAGACUGUGCAGUUUACCAGAGUAACUCGUUCGAUGAAGCAGCAGCAGCCGAAGCUGCCAACUGAGAAACAAGCUGCACCAAAUAAAGCUGAGCAUGCACCUAGUGCUAGAGCUAACAAGCCGGCAGCCAAAGCCAAAGGCAGAGGCAGAACUGAUGCAGCUGAACCAGUUGUCAGGGUCCCAACUACACGGUCAGCUGCUAAGACUUUAGCAGCAGCUGUUCCAGCCAAAGCUGCGAUUAAACCUGCUUCAGAUCUCCGGGCUCUCAAAACAAGAUCUGCAAACAGGCAGCCAGCAGCGCUCUCUGCAGGCAGAGGGAAACCUAUGCAAGCAGAAGAAACUGCGUCUGUGCCAGCUGUUGAAAAUAAGGAAGCUACAGUAAAUCCCUCUCCUGUGAAGGAGAAGAAGGUAGAAGAAGCCAAAGUGACUCCAACUUCAUUUGCUCCUCAAGGUUUUGUGUUCCAGCCCCCUAGUGGUCUGAGAACCUUCCAGCCUGCACCCCUCUCUCCUCGCUCUGCUGAUGCCUUCCUCUCACCCAGCUUCUGUUUUGAAAGCAAGGCUGAGUCUACCAUUCUGGCUCUCCCAUCAUCUGAAUCCUUUGCUACUGCUGCUCCUCCUCUUUCCUCUCCUCCAUCCUGCUCAUCCAAUCCUGCACCAGCCCCUGUCACUCCCUCUUCUCCCCCACCUUCUGUUUCUUCUCCCCCACCUCCUGCCUCUCCUUCUCCCAUCUCUGCCCCUGUGGAGCCUCAGCACGAUGUCCCCUAUUUCAGGGCAGUGAUGGCUGACGAGACAAAGCGGUUAACUGGACUCUCAGAGAUGUGGGAACUGCGAUUUGAUGAUCCUUCCAUACCUGAAGAGAUGCGGGAUCGCAUGCGCACUGCAGUCGGCCAGGCCAGGCUGCUGAUGAAGGAGCGUUUUGGCCAGUUCAGCGGUCUGGUGGAUGAUUGUGACCUGGGACGAGGGGAGAAAAUCACUACCUGCUCAGACUUGCAAGGAUUCUGGGACAUGGUGUACUUUCAGGUGGAAGAUGUUAAUAAGAAGUUCAAUGCCUUGAAAGAAGCAGAGGCCCGAGGGUGGCAAGAGGAAACUAAGCCUGUUACCAAGCAGAAAAAGGUUGUCAGGAAGCCCCCUGUAGCGGGAGGUAAGACCGGAGCAGGUGGUGGUGCCAGCGCUGCUGCAAAGAGUCGUCUGGCUGCAGUGAAAGCUGCCAUGAAGGCCAAGGCAGCAGCAGAGAAAGCUGCUGUGGCUUCAGACGACACUGCUCCUGCCUCAGAUGCCCCGGCUAACCCACUGGCAGCCCAGACUGUGGUAUUUCAUGGAGGCUUCUUCCAGGUGGAGAGUCCAGUCAAAGUAGUUGAUUCUCCAAGAGUUCGGCUGAGUGCAGCCCCCUUGCCCAAGUCUUCUCCCUUUGUGUCUAAAUUCAACACUCCAUGCAGGCAGAAGCGAUCUGCUGUCUCACAUUCCUCUCCUAAUCCACGCAUGACACUCAUGUCCACUGAAGUAGCAUCACCCACUGCAAAUCCUGCUCAAGUACCACACCCAGCUGCAUAUCAUGCCUGUACCCCUCAGCGCCCUGCUGAACCCCUUCCCUGCUCCCCAAAACCACUUCAGAUCAGCCCUGAGCACCACAGACCCAGCCUUCAUGCAUCACUUACUGGAGUCUCACACACAGAAUCCACCCAACCUGACCAUGACACAAAUGAUAACACCUCUCAGGUCCAAUCAGACCUUGCAAAUGCACCAGUAGAUAGUCCAAUGCAGGAGUCAGCAGAGAUCAAGCCACAGAUUUAUCCCUGUCAGUCAGAGGCUGAACUGCCUCUCUGUCUACCUGAGAACACAGAUAUUAGCCCAGACCCUGAGGGAUGCAUUCAGGAAUCUAACGCGGUCACUGCACUGUGCCAAGAGCAAGCAGAAGCGCCAAUGCUUACAGAACUGAAUGGAUCCCCAUUGGUCUGUACAGCAGCAGGUGCUUUCCCCGUUAAAGCUCACACACACAGUUUUACACUCUCUCCUUCACCAUCUAAAACAGCAUCUCCACAAGCAGAGAUGGCACAGAGCUUUGUAUCUUCCCCCUCCGGGCCUUCGAUGAUGUCCGUCUCACCACCACAAGUCUGCGUCCUCUUCCCAGCUCCCUCUGACAGUGCCAUCAUCCAUGUCAAUGAAAGAUCUCCCAUCUGUGCGAAAGUUGAAAUGACUGAAAAUCCAGAUGCAAAGAAUAUAGCAGAGUUGGACUUUGAACGAUACCUGCAGCCAACAGCCCGCUGCAGCUUGUCUCCUCUGCAGAGCACGGCAGCAGAGAGGUUUUCGCUUGGGGCAGCUGAUGCUGAGAUGGAGAGUCCUCAGUCUCAGGCAGAGGACUCUGUUCAGGAUGUAAUAAUGACACCUACAGCACUCCCCAGAAUGGCACCUUUGGUGUUCACUCCCUGGACUGAACAGCUGACGGACAACCCACUGCCAUUCACCCCAGAGCAGAGGGACAGAGUUAGACAGUCAGUGUGUGACCGUGACCUGAUGAUGUUCACACCGCCUUCCAGUAAAUAGUACACAUA